GUUUGCCGCAUUGACUCAGGCAGCAACAUAGACAGUCUCCAACGGCAGGCUUUAACUGCUCGCCGCGCAUGCGUUGCUGCCUUUUUCCCCCUUCAGGCGACAGCGAUCAUGGCGGAGACGAAAGAGAAGAAAGUGCCGUCUGUGCCUGAAAGCCUUUUGAAAAAGCGCCAGGCGUUUGCACUAAUGAAGGCCAAGCGCAUCAAGCGUUUGUUAAUAGAAAAGAAGAUAAAUAGACUGAAGAGAAAACUAAUCUACAAGAGGGCUGAAAGUUACCACAAGGAGUACAGACAAAUGUACAGACGUGAGAUCCGCCUUGCCAGAAUGGCACGUAAAGCUAAUAAUUACUACGUACCUGCGGAACCCAGGCUAGCUUUUGUGAUCCGUAUUAGGGGCAUCAACGGUGUUAGCCCUAAAGUCCGCAAGGUGCUUCAACUCCUACGACUGCGUCAGAUCUUCAAUGGAGUGUUUGUGAGACUAAAUAAGGCUUCAAUCAACAUGCUCCGUAUUGCAGAGCCAUACAUUGCAUGGGGAUAUCCAAAUCUGAAAUCUGUUCGUGAACUGAUCUACAAACGUGGGUUUGGAAAAAUUAAACAUCAGCGCAUCGCUCUCACUGACAACUCAUUGAUUGAAAAGAAGCUGGGUAAGAUUAUUUAAACUUGUCAGUACAGG